AUGGGCUCUCGUCUUGAUGCCAAUGCCAGUGCGGUUCGUAAACGCAUCGAAAAUCAUGAUUUCAAUAAUGAAGCUGGGGAGGAAUAUGAAGCGUCCAGCUUCGGCGGGUUCGGAGACUAUAUGCGGCGCAAGAAAAUCAAGCUUCAGAAUUUAGACGCUGAAAUUCGAGCAACGGCUGUCGAUUGUCCACCGAUCUUCCGCGGGGUUGUCGCGCACGUUAACGGAUACACCCAGCCCUCCCUGCAAGAUCUCCACCGCAUGAUUGUUAGUCAUGGCGGUGGUUUUCUUCAAUAUCUUGAUGGGAAAACGGCUGCAACUCAUAUCAUUGCAAGUUCUCUUACGCCUAAGAAACGAGAGGAGUUCCGUCGGUACCGGAUUGUAAAGCCGGCAUGGGUGACGGAAAGCAUCCGGGCUGGACGCCUGCUGCCCUGGGAUGAGUUCCGGGUGGUAGAUGAAGGACAAUCCCAGAAGGUUCUCAAGUUCAACGAUGGGCGUUUUGUGAGCCAGACCAACAGUCCCCAGUUGGGCUACAAAGAAGAGUCUCGCGCGAGUUGGUACAACACUCAGUUGAAAGUAAUGGCUGGCACUGAUGGGAGUCCUGACUCUUUUCCAAGCCCUGCUACUACACCUGCUCCGGCCAAAGGCUCCAACAGAUUGCCAAGUCAGCCGUCUCAGUCGGACUAUGGCGACUUUCCUAGUUUUACCACAUUCGAAGGAAAGGAGGAGAAGGCUCCGUCUCCACGCCCAGAAGCAGAGACUUUGCUUAGUUCUGAGGCACAAUCUCUGGCUACCCAUUAUGAUCCAUCACGGCCUUCCGUGGCGCCACUGAUGGACACCGCCGAGGUAUCGUAUAAUUCGAAGCAGCCGGGCUCUCCCAAAACCGAAAUGACCUCAGAGGAUCACAACGCACAACUUCUCUCCGAUCCUCGGAUGAGAAAGUCGAGUGUUGUCAACCCAGAAUUCCUUCAGCAAUACUACAAAGAGUCUCGUCUCCACCACUUGUCGACAUGGAAAGCCGACCUCAAAGCCCAACUUCAAGCAGCAACCAAGGAAAAGACGCAAUACAUCCUUCAUGUUGACUUUGACUCAUUCUUUGCGGCCGUAUCCCUUCUCAAAUACCCAGAGCUCCGCGAUAAGCCAGUCGCCGUCGCCCAUAGUCCGGGCUCGGGCUCUGAAAUAGCUAGCUGCAACUACGCUGCGCGAGCACGAGGUGUAAAGAAUGGGAUGUGGAUGAAGGGCGCUUUGCAAUCGUGCCCGGAACUGAAAGUUUUGCAGUAUGAUUUUCCGGCCUACGAAGAUGCAAGCCGCAAGUUCUACAGCUCCAUUCUUUCCAUCGACGGGAUGGUGCAAAGUGUGAGCAUUGAUGAAGCCUUAAUUGACAUCACCAACCAGUGCUUGGAAGCUGGUGGCUCAGAUGGCAGAGGUGUCUCAGAGGGCUCGAUUUACCGUGAACAGGCUAGGGCUGAUCAAAUCGCCCAACACUUGCGUGACUCGAUCAAGGAGAAAACGGGAUGUGCAGUAUCUGUUGGUAUUGGCGGCAACAUCCUGCUUGCUAAGAUUGCUUUGCGAAAGGCCAAGCCUGCCGGGCAGUUUCAAUUGAAACCAGAGGCUGCUUUGGAUUUCAUUGGAAACCUCACCGUUCAAGAUUUACCGGGGUGGGGGCAUAGCCUUGGAGCCAAGUUGGAAGAGAUCGGUGUCAGGUUCGUCAAGGACGUCAGAGAUCUUUCACAGGAGAAACUCAUCUCCAGCUUGGGGCCCAAGACCGGUGCUCGAAUGCGGGAAUAUGCUCGGGGCAUCGACAAAACUGAAGUUGGCAACCAAGUCAUUAGGAAAUCAGUUUCAGCAGAGGUAAAUUGGGGCAUUCGAUUUGUCAACCAGGCUCAAGCUGAAGACUUCGUGCGGUCAUUGUGCGAGGAACUCAAUCGGCGGCUGGUGGAAAACCUGGUGAAGGGCAAGCAACUCACACUCAAAGUCAUGCGACGGUCGAUGGAUGCGCCACUAGAGCCGGUCAAGCAUCUUGGUCAUGGCAAGUGUGAUGUUUUCAACAAGAGCAUUGCUAUUGGCGUUGCUACUAAUGCAACAGAUGUUCUUGCCAAGGAGGCGAACUCGAUGUUGCGGAGUUUCAAUUUCUCUCCUGGCGAUCUGCGAGGACUGGGUGUGCAAAUGACCAAGCUCGAGCCGCUCAAAGCUGGGCCAUCGGAAAACCUCGAGAGCAGUCAGCGGCAGCUCAACUUUCAGAAAUCGCCGGCUCGCAAGAAGCCAGUGGCCGCUGCAGAUCCUGAUGAACUGGAGAGUCCAUGCAAAGGCGAUUCUACUCGUAUCCAAGUCGACCCAGUGCUCAGCAAUAGUGCCCACAAGCCGCUGAACAUCUCUGGCUCCCAAUUCAUUAUGCCCACCCAAGCAGACCCCGAUGUCGUGUCUGAGUUACCGGGGGAUAUCAGAUCAAAGCUUGUUGCUCAAGCCAAACCCAGACUGGAUUUUCGCUCUGGCUCUCCAUGUCCUCCACGCCGACCCCAGCCUACCACAGCGGACCUGCCCCCACAAUCACAGUUGGAUCCGGACACGUUGGCUGCGUUGCCAGAAGACGUGCGGAACGAGGUCUUAGGUUAUUAUAACCAGCCAGAUUCCAAUUCUGCACCAUCUGCACCACCAUCUGUACCUUUAGCCACGGCAUCACGUCCAGCCUCGGCUGGGUCUCUCCAAUUCAAGAGACCAACCUCCCCACCGAAGAAAAGGCGAGGCCGUCCGCCCAAGAACGCAAGCACUGGAAACAAGACCCUGACCCAGUCAUUUGUCCUCUCACGACCGGCGACUACCGCUCCAACCCCCUCUGCUUCUGAAGAACGGAACGCGACCGGGGACCCAUCCCCUCCCGUGGAAGAUUCGCCAGAAGUCUCUGCAGAAUUCCUAGCUGCAUUGCCAGAAGAUAUCCGACAGGAGGUUCUCGAAGAGCAGAAGCGCACCCGCAUGCUCCAGCGUCCACGGGUAGUUGCUCCAUCAGGACCGAGACCCACGUCCCAACCACAGGCUUCGGGAUCUGCUUCUGCCCCCGCGCCACCCGUCGAGAAACGUCUCCCUCUUUCUCCACUACCCCAGCGCCCUGUUCUCACCUCUCAACGACUCUCCAAAUUACCUGACUUACGAGAUGCCGUCAGCGCAUGGCACUCGGCUUUUGCGGGCGAUGGCCCUUACAGUGAAGAUGUCACGACUUUAUGCACAUACCUUGAACGCGUAAUUGGCGAGGAGAGGGACAUGGACAAGGCGGUGUCGGUGGUACGCUGGCUGAUGUGGCUCGUUGGCGAGGACGCCUGUCAACAAGGGCCGGCUCGGCAUAGCCCACCGUCUGGGCAAGCCGAAGGCAUUUCUACUUGGGUGGAGGCGAUUGGAUCGAUGCAGGGGAGUAUUCAGGCUGCACUAGAGGCGAGAGGGCUAGCGCCCGUGGAUUUUGACUGA